GGCGCCUCAGCGAGUCCAUGAUCCCUGCGACCUUCAUCUUCAUUUCUCCUCCUUGUCUAUACCCGACUCCAAUUACAUACCCUAUUAGGGGUCAAAGAUGCCACCGAAGUCAACCAAACAGGUGCGAGCAAUCGCAAAUAACAAGCCUAUCGAUGCCUUCUUCACAGUGAAGAAACCCGUCAUUGCGGCGUCGGCUUCGUCCUUCUCGGUCAAUCCGACACAGGCAGGACUUUCAGACAUGAAGAAACCCGUUAUUCAUGGCAAGCUUGAUAGGCCUGGUAAGAGACCAAAGACAUCGGAAGGAUACGGCGAUAGCGACGACGAGGUUGAUUCCCUCGCCGAACUGCCCCCGAUCGAAGAUGGCUAUGCGAAUCUCUGCGCCACAGACACGCUCGACAUCAACAACAAUGAGCUGUUCGUUCGCAUGAUUAAACCCCUGCAAGCGUACUCCGCAUCGAUUGGCAUCAAGAUCGACGAGCCGGUAUCCUCGACCUUUUACCAGAGGAUAUCGGCUUGUAUCGACCUUCUGGACAAGGUCGAGAAUGCCAACAUUCUUUUCCGCCGUUCACCAAUCGGUAACUGCAAGGCAACCAUCAUCCCCUUGUUGUUUGCAUUCAUCACCGACGAACUCAAGGACCUUGUCGCACAAGUGGCCAGACCUCAAGCCAUAGGGCUGGCGACUGUGCCGUUCUGCGAGGAAGAUGGUAUAGGGACCUACGGAAAAUACGCUAUCCCCAAGUCGUCUGCCCCUCCUGAGGUGAAGGCACAAGUCUAUACCGGACGAACGGCGAGGUUCUCUCCAGGCUCGACUAGCCUAAAGCCGCGUCGUAGGGAACAUGUGCGUUCCCUCAAUGUCGAAGGUGCGAGCCAGUAUCACCAUCCCUGGAACGAGGCAGUUCGCGCCAACGCUGGACACUACGACCUUGAGUGGACGACCAACAUGUUUGUCCCCGUGGACCGCAACUUGUGUCCAACGAACGACCUCAAGAACGCCUUGAUCCUCUUUUCCGUUGUCGCCGAAGCCGUCUUGUUUGUUCUGCUGGACUCGGGAUGUGGUGACGGAUCUGCCAAGAAGUCCAUGUCCGCGGCGCUCCCCUUCUGGGACGAUGGACCUGCAUAUAUCGGCACCGAUAGCAGAAAUCCCAUUUGCGGGGGUUUCAUCCUGUGGGAUUGGACCAAGGCUGGCAGACCCUAUACAGCUUGCCAUUUCUGCGGCCGAGAGUUCGAUCACCCGUGGCGUAUCGCCAUAGCUCACAUCGCCCCCCCCACUGCCUGCAUCCCGGAUGCGCAAGCUCCUUUAAAACAAUCAGUGAUCUCAAAGACCAUAUGUGUUAUCACGAUACAUUUCGCGCCUAUGCUUGCCAGGAACCGCAGUGCUACAAGUCCUUCAAGACCCAAGCGGGAUCUUCGAGCACAUCGACUUGUACACCAGGAUCAACGGCCUUACCAUUGCUCGCACGAAGGCUGUCCAGUGGCAUUCAAGGUCAAAGGAGCCCUCAAGCAACAUGCUGUUGCUCACUCGAGAAGUCGAGAAUUUGCUUGUGACCAACCUGGCUGCUCUCAGAAAUUUGUCACCAACGGGGAGCUCAUGAGACAUACGGCUGUUCACUCGAAUGAACGCCCAUUCCCGUGUCCCACAUCCGAAUGUGAGGCCAAGUUCAAAACCAAAGAUGACGCCCGACAGCACAUGGCCGCGCAUAUAGAAGUGAAAUUGUUUCACUGCGACAUCCCGUGCUGCACUCGUCCUCCUUUCCCUUCAGAGAGGGCAAUGCGGGCCCUUAAAACAGAUUACCAUUCGGAUACGCAACAUUGUUGCCCUACCUGCAACAAGCUGUUAUCCAGCAAGAGCAAUCUUAUGCGCCAUAUAAAAUAUAACCAUUCCGAUACGCAGCAUUGUUGCCCUACCUGUAACAAGAUGUUAUCCAGCAAGAGCAAUUUGAUGUGCCAUAUAAAGGCUCUUGUGCAUCAGAAGGGGAUGGGGAAGCAUCAUGGCGGGUAA